UCUGGGGUUCGGUCCGAGGGGUUGUGUUUCCAACGAUGCUCACCAAACCGUUUCCAUGGAUUUGUUUGCUUGGCGCGGCCGCAGCCGCGCAAGAAAUGGUUUCCAACAAAGCCUGUGAUGAGACAGACCCCACCUCUCUACUUCAAAUGGGUGGUUUGCGCGCCACCCCAGCCGGCCCUGCGAUUCCAGUGCCCUCCGUGGUGGUCCCGGCCGUCCCAGCGCCCGUGGGAUCAGUGGGGAAUGAUUUGGAGUUACAUUUUCUGGACAGCGCCGACCCGAUGCCCUGGGAAGGCUUGAGUUCGACGGACUUUACUCCCGCUGGAGAUACUGGAGGUGGGAAGGCGCAUACUUCUAGUGAAUCGAUGGACAAGGAUUGGCUCCUGGUUUAUGCGCUGAUUCUCCUGAUGUUGUUGGCCAUCAGCCCCAUAGUGGCUCGCCAGGGCGUUUGGGCGGUGAUACUGGUGGCAGCUUACCUGGCCAGCUUGACAUUGGUGAAAUUAUUAGUCAAACGGACCAUCACCUUGGGUUUCCCCUACCCCGACAGCAUCACUGCCCUCCACAUGAGUGCCAUCAGUUUGGUGGCCUGCACAUUCGAACGGCCACAUCGAGAGGAGGCCUGGGUGGUUUUACCCAUUUCACUAGUGAGUGGCUUCUCGUUGCUGGCCAACAACACGGCUUUGUUAUACGGCGGCGUCGCCUUCGUCUCUAUGAUCCACGCCAACGUGCCAUUCUUCACCUUUUCCUAUGAACUUAUGAAGGGUCGUCGUGGGGUUGAUCUCCGGAGCGCCGCUGCGGUGCUGCUGGUGUGCGUUGGGAGUGCCUUCUGCGCCCUGUCUGUUGGGUGUUCAAAAAGGAUGGGAAGAGGUGGAUGA